CGCGGCCCGUGAGUGGGGGCGGGGCCAACCGAGCUGCUUUCUCGCAGCUAAAGUAGGUUGCGAGUAGGAGGUGGUGGCUGCUUCUCUGCAGUGUUGGGAAGAUGGCGCCGCCGGUGACGGAACGGGGGCUGAAGAGCGUCGUGUGGCAGAAGAUAAAAGCAGCAGUGUUUGAUGACUGCAAGAAAGAAGGCGAAUGGAAGAUAAUGCUUUUAGAUGAAUUUACCACGAAGCUUUUGGCAUCAUGUUGCAAAAUGACAGAUCUUCUAGCCGAGGGUAUAACUGUUGUGGAGAAUAUUUAUAAGAAUCGAGAACCUGUCAGACAAAUGAAAGCUCUUUAUUUUAUCUCUCCAACAUCAAAGUCCGUAGACUGUUUUUUACAUGAUUUUGCAAGUAAAUCUGAGAACAAAUACAAAGCAGCGUAUAUAUACUUCACUGACUUUUGCCCUGAUAGUCUCUUUAACAAAAUUAAAGCUUCUUGCUCCAAGUCAAUAAGAAGAUGUAAAGAAAUAAAUAUUUCCUUCAUUCCACUUGAAUCUCAGGUUUAUACUCUUGAUGUACCAGAUGCAUUCUAUUACUGUUAUAGUCCGGACCCCAGUAAUGCAAAUGGAAAAGAUGCCAUUAUGGAAGCAAUGGCUGAGCAGAUAGUUACAGUGUGUGCUACUCUGGAUGAGAAUCCUGGAGUAAGAUAUAAAAGUAAACCUCUAGAUAAUGCCAGUAAGCUUGCCCAGCUUGUUGAAAAAAAACUUGAAAACUACUACAAGAUUGAUCAAAAGAGCCUAAUAAAGGGUAAAACUCAUUCCCAGCUCAUAAUAAUUGAUCGUGGCUUUGAUCCUGUGUCCACUGUCCUGCAUGAACUGACCUUUCAGGCAAUGGCAUAUGAUCUACUGCCAAUUGAGAAUGAUACAUACAAAUACAAAACAGAUGGGAAAGAAAAGGAGGCAAUCCUUGAAGAAGAUGAUGACCUCUGGGUCAGAAUUCGACAUCGGCAUAUUGCAGUUGUGUUAGAGGAAAUUCCCAAACUAAUGAAGGAAAUUUCAUCAACGAAGAAAGCAACAGAAGGGAAGACAUCGCUCAGUGCUCUUGCCCAGCUGAUGAAAAAGAUGCCCCAUUUCCGUAAACAGAUUACUAAGCAAGUUGUCCAUCUUAACUUAGCAGAAGAUUGCAUGAAUAAAUUCAAGCCUAAUAUAGAAAAGCUCUGCAAAAGUGAACAGGACCUGGCACUUGGAACUGAUGCAGAAGGACAGAAGGUGAAAGAUUCUAUGCGAGUACUUCUUCCAGUUCUACUCAACAAAAAUCAUGAUAAUUAUGAUAAAAUAAGAGCGAUUCUACUUUACAUCUUCAGUAUUAAUGGAACUACGGAAGAAAAUUUGGACAGGUUGAUCCAGAACGUAAAGAUAGAAAAUGAGAGCGACAUGAUCCGUAACUGGAGUUACCUUGGUGUUCCCAUUGUCCCCCCAUCUCAACAAAGCAAACCAUUAAGAAAGGAUAGGUCUACAGAAGAAACUUUUCAACUCUCUCGAUGGACACCUUUUAUCAAAGAUAUUUUGGAGGAUGCCAUUGAUAAUAGAUUAGAUUCGAAAGAAUGGCCGUAUUGUUCCCAGUGUCCAGCAGUAUGGAAUGGCUCAGGAGCUGUAAGUGCUCGCCAGAAACCCAGAACUAAUUAUUUAGAGGACCGAAAAAAUGGGUCAAAACUGAUUGUUUUUGUAAUUGGAGGAAUUACAUACUCUGAAAUGCGUUGUGCUUAUGAAGUUUCUCAAGCACAUAAAUCCUGUGAAGUUAUUAUUGGUUCUACACAUAUUUUAACACCCAGAAAGCUUUUGGAUGAUAUAAAGAUGCUGAAUAAACCCAAGGAUAAAGUCUCCUUUAUUAAGGAUGAAUAAUGAUCUUUUUUUUUUUUUGGAGAUUCUUAUUAACAUGUUCAACUAAAAUUAAUCAAGAUAAGGUUGCUAUCAUGUAAUUUAAACAAUGUAAAUAUUUUAUGGAAUAAUGAUUUUUCAAAUAUAUUUCUUAAGGGACUUUAUGAUUACAUAUCAUUGGAUUUGCCAUUUUAAUAAUUUAAAGAGUGUUGCUACUUUGUAGAUGCUGAGAAGAAAUGUUAAAAUGCUCUCUAAAAGGAAAUUUUUUACCUUUGGAACUGAAUAUAUUAGAAUUGUGGAUAAUUCUUCACAACUACCUGUGUACAUGCUAAUUACUUAUCAGAUACUUAUCUGUCUUAUGUUCAAGUAUAGUUUUUUUGGGAAGGAAUGAUUUUAAAUGAAAAGGCUAUAAAAGUAAAAAUUGUAAGUGUAUGUGUCAUAGAAUGAUUUUCUAUAAGUGCAGGUUUUUUUUCAAUUGAAAUUCAUAAUUUCUUUUAUGUGUAAAAUAGAAAUAGAAUAAUUUCACAGUGUAUACUGUCUUCCAGAUACUUCUAAAGAACAUAGUUUUAUAUAAUUUCAAAAUCAUGUAUGUUUAAAGUAGAAAACCAAAAAUAAGUGUGAAUAUUCUAAGAGAAAAUAUAUGUAUAGUUAAAAAGUUACCUUUUGGGGGGGAGGGGAGGAAGGGGAAGUCGGGAAGCUUAAAAGUUCUAAAUCAGAGAGUUACAAAAAAGAGAAAGAAUAAUGCACCAUAAUCUUCCCACCAAGAUAGCCCCUGUUGACUUUUUAUAAAAACAAUGUAAUAUUUGUAUAAGGUUGGAUAAUAAAAGGAUAUGUCUGCACAUGUGUUACA